GACUGGAGAUCCUCACUAAUAAUACAUGGAGCAGAGCUCUCACUGACCAAUGGGGCAUGGAUGAGGCUCAGGUUGUGUGCAGAGAAUUACAUUGUGGGGAUGCAGUCGAUUCAUUUAAUAUCACAGCCCCAACAACAACCAAUGGUCAUGUGUAUGUCAGUGGAAAGUGUCAAGGAAAUGAGACCCAACUGAUGGAUUGUCCUGAUAGUGGAUCAUCUGAUAUAAAGACAUGGACUGGCCAGGAAGAGGAGAUAGAAGUCGUCUGCUCAGACCGUAAACGCUUACGAUUGAUUAAUGGUCCUGGCCGAUGUGCUGGAAGAGUGGAGAUUUAUCAUAAUGGAAGAUGGGGGACCAUCUGUGAUGACUUCUGGGAUGAAGCAGAUGCAGAUGUGGUUUGUAAGCAGCUGGGUUGUGGUUCUGCUGUCAGAGCUACAAGAGAAGCCUAUUAUGGGAGAGGAACUGGGGACAUCUGGCUGGAUGAUGUAGAAUGUGAAGGAAAUGAAACACACAUCUGGAAAUGUCCUUCUCGGCGGUUUGGUAUCCAUUACUGUAGUCAUGAUAAAGAUGCCGGUGUACUAUGCUCAGGUCACAGAGAAUACAGACUAGCGGAUGGUCCUACUUCUUGCUCUGGACAUUUAGAAGCCCUCCAUAGUGAUACUUGGGGAUCGGUUUGUGAGAUUGACCAGGACCUUAGAGCGGCCAAUGUACUUUGUAAAGAACUUGGAUGUGGAGAAGCAGUGCCAUCAUUAGUCACCUAUACAAGAAGACCUGGACCUAUAUGGACAGAACAAAUCCAUUGUGUUGGUAAUGAGUCUAGACUGUUCAACUGUUUAAGAGAACCUGGGGUAGAAAGAAACUGCACCAAACCAAGUCCUCCCUCUAUCCAGUGCAAAGGUCAGAGAAAAUACAGACUAACCGAUGGUCCCAGUCAUUGCUCAGGACAUUUAGAAGCCCUCCAUGUUGAUACUUGGGGAUCUGUUUGUGAGAUUGACCAGGACCUUAAAUCGGCCAAUGUACUUUGUAAAGAACUUGGAUGUGGAGAAGCAGUGCCAUCAUUAGUCACCUAUACAAGAAGACCUGGACCGAUAUGGACAGAACAAAUCCAUUGUGUUGGUAAUGAGUCCAGACUGUAUGACUGUUUAAGAGAACCUGGGGUAGAAGGAAACUGCACCAAACCAAGUCCUCCCUCUAUCGACUGCAAAGGCUUAUUUACCAGCUACAGACUUGUGGACAGUGGUGACAACUGUUCUGGGAGAGUGGAGGUGAUAUAUGAAGGACAAUGGAUGGCGGUGUGCAGCUCUCACUGGAGUCUACGAGAGGCUAAUGUUCUCUGCAGGCAAAUGAAAUGUGGAACUGCUGUCUCUAUUCCAGGUGGAGGAUAUUUUGGGGAAUAUAAUGUUACUACCACAUAUAGAUUCCAUUGUACUGGUAUAGAAUACCACCUGGAGGACUGUGAUAUAACUGCACUUGGAAAUAGUAAAUGUCCAUCCUGGGAUACUGCUGGAGUUACAUGCACAGGAGAAAAGGAGAUGAUCAGGCUGAUGGGUGGAGAGGACCACUGUGCAGGAAGACUGGAGAUCCUCACUAAUAAUAUAUGGAGCAGAGCGUUCACUGACCAAUGGGGCAUGAAUGAGGCUCAGGUUGUGUGCAGAGAAUUACAUUGUGGGGAUGCAGUCGGUACAUUUAAUAUCACAGCCCUAACAGCAACCAAUGGUCAUGUGUAUGUCAGUGGAAAGUGUCAAGGAAAUGAGACCCAACUGAUGGAUUGUCCUGAUACUGGAUCUUCUGACAUAAGGACAUGGACUGGCCAAGAAAAGGAGAUAGAAGUUGUCUGCUCAGAAAGUAAGCAGCUGAGACUGGUAAAUGGCUCUGGUCGAUGUGCUGGUAGAGUGGAGAUUUAUCAUAAUGGAAGAUGGGGGACGAUCUGUGAUGACUCCUGGGAUGAAGCAGAUGCAGAUGUGGUUUGUAAGCAACUGGGUUGUGGUUCUGCUGUCAGAGCUACAAGAGAAGCCUAUUAUGGGAGAGGAACUGGGGACAUCUGGCUGGAUGAUGUAGAAUGUGAAGGAAAUGAAACACACAUCUGGAAGUGUCCUUCAAAGACAUUUGGUGACCAUGACUGUGGUCAUAAAGAAGACGCUGGUGUAAUGUGUUCAGAAUUCUUGGAUAUCCGCUUGCUUAAAGGAAAACAUGAAUGUGAAGGGUGGCUGGAAGUUUAUUACAAUGGAAGUUGGACCUCAGUGUGUAAUAAUGUUAUGCCAGUUUUGUCAGUCUCUGUUAUCUGCAAACAUCUGAACUGUGGAUCAAAAGGACAAGUGGAUGCAAGAUAUGGUAUUAGAAGUAUUAGAAGAAGACCCUUCUGGGUGGAUCAUAUUAACUGCACCAAGCAUAGUAAACUGUUAUGGGAAUGUCCAUCAUCUCCAUGGAAUAUAGGAUCCUGCCGUGAUGUAGACCUUGCUUAUAUAAUAUGUGAGGAAAUCAGAAAACCAGCUCAGAGGAGCCCAACAUAUCAGCCGUGCCCAGAUAAUACCAUGAUUUGUCUCAUCGGAGGAGAGAACAACUGCUCAGGACGAGUGGAAGUGCGUUUCCAGGAACAGUGGGGAACAAUCUGUGAUGAUGGGUGGGAUAUGAAGGAUGCAGAAGUCGUCUGUAGACAGAUAGGAUGCGGCUCAGCUAUUAACGCUACUACAGAGGCCAUGUUUGGAAAAGGAACCGGUCCCAUAUGGCUAAGUGAGGUGCAAUGUAAAGGAUAUGAGCGAGAUCUAGAGGAUUGCUGGUCUAAACGCUGGAAUAAAAGCGAUUGUCUCCACAAGGAAGAUGCUGGAGUCAUAUGUCAUGGUCAUGAAGACCUGAAGAGUAUUACUCCGACUGUACCGACCAGAAAGAGAGCCCAACUUACCACACCACAACCUACCUCUCCUAUCUCCAAUGUGUUCCUUAUCAUCUCCAUUAUUUUUCUGCUCCUUCUCGGUAUUGCCGUCAUUACAAUAGUAUACUUGUUAAGACAAUCCAAGUGGUAUAAGAAGGUUCUUAGAAACAUCAGUUCGGGUUCUUUCCAUGAUCCGGUGUAUGAAGAAAUUGAUUUUAGGUUAAUGGAGACAAACCAGAACUUGUCCCAAAAAUCAGUUGACCUCAGUGAUCUUGGAGAGAAGCUGGAAUACUAUACAUCUGAAGAAAGGCUUCAUCAAGGAGAUGACGGUGACAGGAUUCCUUCAUAUGAUGAUGUAGAUGUCAUACAUGAUGGAGAACAUUUACCAGGUUUCCCUCUGGAGGAAAAUACUUCAGAAUAUGGUUAUGAUGACACUGGAUUAUCCUAUGAGAACCUCGACAAGGACAACCCAACAACUGUAACUGAGAGACAUGGAGAAGAACAUGGAUAUGACGAUGUGGAUCUUAAUGAUUUGACUCAUCCUUUGAACCCUGAAGAAACACUCGGAGCACAUGAUAGCAAAGACGAGUUGGGACCAUCUUGGGAAGACUUCACUGACAAACAUGAUGAUCAAAAGGCUUUUAUAUCCGACAAUCAAGACAAAGUUCCUCUCCCUGUUGACUAAGAUUAUGAUGAAUCUACGUCUACAUGGUGAAGAUGUAUCACUGAAGUAAUAUUAGACGUAUAGUAGACAACAGAGCCCAUCUUAUACCUGAAUACAUGACGCUCUUAAGACUCCUUCUAAACACCGUGAGGAGACCAUGCUCGCAGCUUUACUUUGUGGAACUGCUAACAGCGCGGUCAUAUUCUAUGCAGAAAAGGACUUAUUGUGUCCGGAAUUUCUCCAAUGCUUCCAUCAUGUAUGGUCACAG